AUGUGGUUCAUCGUCCUCAAGCUCCUCCGCAUCGGCGUCAAAGAAGCCAAAAAGCACAAGGCCAAGAAGAACGCGGCCAACACCACAACCACAACCGACCCCGAAAGCAUCAACCUCGACCGCGGCUCCAACAUGCCUUUCUCCGCCGACUCCACCACACUCCGGAAACCCCUUAUCACUCUCCUCGAUACCAUCCUCCGCUUCAUCCAGUUCGUCUUCGGCCUCACAGUCAUAGGCCUCUACGGACGGGAUCUCCACGGCGAAGACAAGGCCCCCGCGAAAUGGGUGUAUGCGGUCGUCACUGCGUUCCUGGCUGCCAUGACAGCAGCCGUCUACCUCGUCUUGCCGUUUGUGAUGAAGGGGCGGACGCCGGUGGCGCGGCGGCCGAGAGUGCAGCUGCCGCUGUUUGUCUGGGAGAGUGUGCUGUGUGUACUUUGGUUGACGCUGUUUGGGAUCUUCGGGAAGAUGUAUAUCGGGGAUUAUAGUGAGGGGGAUAAGGUGAAGCGGAUGAGGCAUGCGGUUUGGGUGGAUCUGGUGAAUUUGGGGUUGUGGGUUGUUACCAUGGGGUGGGUUGGGUUCAGGUGGUGGAGAGGGCUAAAGGGGGGACAGGAGCGAGGGGAGAGGGAGAUGGAGGAUGUUGAGAAGGCUGGUCCUUAG